AUGGUGAACAACGCACCAAAACGCAAAACCGCUUCCAAUUCCCCCUCUUCUUAUACCGGGGGAAUCACGAUCAAGUCGCGCCGGGAGAUGCAGGCAAUGGAAAGAGCCGGCGCGAUCGUCGGUUCGACCUUGUCCCUGCUGAAGACUUCGGUUGAGCCAGGGAUUACCACCGGCGAACUGAACCGCAUCGCCGAUCGGCACAUCCGAAGCCACGGAGCAGUCCCGACUUUUAUUGGCUAUCAAGGAUUUCCGGCGGCCAUUUGUGCGUCCGUGAAUGAGGAGAUCGUGCACGGAAUCCCCGGCAAACGCGUGCUCAAGGAAGGAGACAUCAUCAAAAUGGAUGUGGGGGCCACUAUCGACGGCUUCAUUGGCGACGCUGCCAUUUCGGUGGCCGUCGGCGAAGUUAGCGAGGCUGCCCUCAACCUGAUGGCCGACACUGAAUCGAGUCUGAUGGCCGGAAUCGCGGCCGCUCAGCCGGGCAACCGCAUCGGCGACAUUGGCGCCGCCGUACAGGGCUACGCCGAACCUCUCGGCUACGGGGUGGUGCGUCAGUUUGUGGGCCACGGCGUGGGACGGUUCCUGCACGAAGACCCGCAAGUUCCCAAUUACGGCGAACCCGGCAAGGGUGUACUGCUGCGGCCGGGUAUGUGCAUCUGUAUCGAGCCCAUGCUCAAUCUGGGCACCCACGACGCACAGAUACUGGACGACGACUGGACGGUGGUAACUGCCGAUGGCGCGCUGUCCGCUCAUUUCGAACACACGUUGGCAAUAACCCAGGACGGCCCGAAAAUCUUGACGUUGCACGAUUAA